AGUCCUUUUCGGUCUACAGUUCUAGGUACACCGUUUCAGGAAUUCCCAUUGCUCGCGUGACUAAGGUAUUUACGAUGUUAUUUACCAUACUAUUCCUUCCUUUGGUGGUUGCCGCGCCAACUAGUAAGAGUUACAUCCUGGAUAUCGAGAAUGGAACCCUAAGGAACGUCCUAUUUCACAGCACACCCCUCGAGGAACUCGAUUUAUCUGGCUUAGGGAUUCGUCACCUGGAAAAGAACGCCUUAGACAAUGUAUCCACGUUAAAAUGGUUGAGCCUCGCCAACAAUUCUCUCGAAUCCCUUCCAGAGUUCAUGUUUUCCAAUCUCUCGAAUCUGGAGUACCUCUCCUUAGCGGAGAACAAUUUGAAGAACCUGGAAUACCUCUUCGUCCGCUUGGAGAAGCUUCGAGUGUUAAACAUCUCUUGCAAUCCCGUGCUUCAUCUUCGCAGAGGACAUUUGUUCGGUCUCACGAAAUCGACCACCAUAUUGACCGAGGGAAAUAAUCUUUGGAGUAUAAGUACCGGUACGUUCACGAAUUCGUUUCUGAAAGACGACGAGGAAUUGAAGAAUUUAGAGAAGAUGAAAGCCGAGCUUACCAUGAUCCAGACGACAGAGAGUACGGAGACGGAGAUAGAAUUAGCAUCAGAACGCAAUGCGUUGAAUGGUAAUAUGCCGACCACAAAGAACGAGAUAUUGAAAGAUCAGAAGCUGAAAUUGUGCAUGCCGAAUAACAUAGUCCUUUCUAUAGAACCGCUCGAAAACAAUUCGGUGGCGAAUGGAUGCUUGGAGAUACCUGUGAACAAAGAGAAAAGAUCGGUCAGUUUGCAAGGAUUAGGAAUCAAAGGAUUCCACGAAAAAUGGUAUCAAUUACAAUAUCUUCCGAUAAUUUCCUUAGAUCUGUCCAACAACGAGAUCACGGAGAUCACGAAAGAAUUGCUUAACGAUCUUCCCGAAGAUUUGAUUUAUGUGAACUUGAGAGGAAAUAGAAUCAGAUGCAUAUGGAGCCAGGUGAUCGAAAAUAGACAUUUAAAAAUCUUGAAUCUUAGCAAUAAUUUUCUGGAAAAGAUCGAAGAUGGUGCAUUGGCGAAGACGAACCUAACCUCUCUGACGUUCUUCGAAAAUCAAUUAGAAAGUCUCUCGUUCGUUUCCAGUUUGCCCAGUACUUUACAAGUUCUCAUAUUGGCAAAGAAUCGAUUUUCCUCCAUCCCUGAUAGAACAUUCGUGAAUCUGCCUAAUCUGAUUUAUCUGAAUUUGGUUAACAAUCAGAUCGAAAGACUUCAGAAUGAUAUUUUUAAAGGAUUAGAUUCGCUUCAGAUUUUGAUUAUCACUAAAAACAGAUUGGUGGAGAUCGAACGUGAUGCAUUCAACGGUCUGAAGCAAUUAACUACUUUGAAUUUUUAUCAAAAUUCUUUGAGAGAACUUCAAAAAGGAACUUUCUCGGGACUGGAAAAUUUGAAAGAUUUAAAUUUAAGCUCGAAUAAGUUACAAAAGAUCACCGCCGAUAUGUUUGCAGACUUACCACAAAAUUUGGGAUAUCUUCACAUCGAUUUCAAUGAGAUAAACAGUUUGGAAAAGGGAAGCUUCGUCAAUGUUCCCAGAUUCACGUUGUCUUUAACUGGAAAUAAAAUCUCAACCAUCCCAAGUGGAACUUUCGAUCUACCUACACUUAGAGAUCUUUAUUUAAAUAAUAAUACUUUGACGAUGAUCGACGGUGACAGCUAUGAAGGAUUGCCUCAGUUGAAACAUCUUCUGUUGAUAGAAAAUCAGAUUAAUGAAAUACCGAAGGGUUCUUGCAAGAAUUUAGCCAGCUUGAGUAUAUUGAACAUCUCGAGAAAUCCGAUUCAGAAACUGCAAAAUGGAGCCCUCUACGGAUUGAGUUUGGCAAGAGGAAAUUCCAUAUAUAUUUAUGAAAAUCAGCUGAAAGAGAUUCAAGGUGCAUUAUUCGAGGAUAUCUAAUGGAAUGACUCAUUAAUGAUUUGAUUAAUGACUUGUAUAUUCAUUUAUUUUAAUUCUUAUGAUUUAUGUAAGAAUCAUAAUUCGAUAUGGAAAUAUUGAGGUUAAGAUAUUCUUUCAUACAAAAGGAUCUCUUUUUGUGGUUUUGCUUUAAAUACAUAUGUAAGUAGAUGUUUCUGAUAGUUGAUAGUUUCAU